GGUUACGUUUCCGCAAGACGAAGCAAGAUCGGAAUUUACGUCGUCGGGGAAAACCUAGUGGCUGCUGCUGUUGGUGUCUCGAAGGUCUCCGAGAAGAAGUCGUUUGAAAUCACCUUUUCACCCCAUCGUGCACGGAGGGAGAUUAGAAUAACUGCAGCGUGUUUGCACGCAGAAGCGAUCAGAUUAACAGUGAAUGCUGAAACGUCCCGAUUGAUUGUUUUUUUCUACGGGGCACUUACCACCACACCGUGCGAGGGGAGCAGAAGUUUCGACUCGCUUGUUUUGUCUCUGCGGGGCAGGCUAUUCUGCAGGAAUGUCGCAGAACGAGAGACCCACGUUUUAUCGACAGGAGCUCAACAAAACCAUAUGGGAGGUCCCGGAGCGCUAUCAGAACUUAUCCCCGGUGGGCUCUGGUGCUUAUGGAUCUGUGUGCUCGGCAUAUGACGUGAAGAGUGAUCUGAAGAUUGCGGUGAAGAAGCUGUCCAGGCCGUUCCAGUCCAUCAUCCACGCUAAGCGGACCUAUCGGGAGCUGCGGCUUCUCAAACACAUGAAGCACGAGAACGUGAUCGGCCUAUUGGAUGUGUUCUCACCAGCCACGAGCCUUGAGGAGUUCACUGAUGUGUAUCUCGUGACCCACCUGAUGGGGGCGGACCUCAACAACAUCGUUAAAUGUCAGAAGUUGACAGACGACCACGUCCAGUUUCUCAUCUACCAGAUCCUCAGGGGGUUAAAGUACAUCCAUUCAGCAGAUAUCAUACACAGGGAUCUAAAACCCAGCAACUUAGCAGUGAAUGAGGACUGUGAGCUGAAGAUCCUGGACUUUGGCCUGGCCCGGCACACCGACGACGAGAUGACUGGCUACGUGGCCACGCGGUGGUACCGCGCACCAGAGAUCAUGCUGAACUGGAUGCACUACAACAUGACGGUGGAUAUCUGGUCGGUGGGCUGCAUCAUGGCGGAACUCCUCACCGGAAGAACGCUCUUCCCGGGCACUGACCAUAUAAACCAGCUGCAGCAGAUAAUGCGCCUGACGGGGACGCCCCCCGUCUCUCUCAUAAGCAGGAUGCCAAGCCACGAGGCAAGGAACUACAUCAACUCACUUCCUCAGAUGCCAAAGAGAAACUUCACUGAUGUGUUCAUCGGAGCAAACCCGCUCGCGGUGGACCUCCUGGAGAAGAUGCUUGUGCUGGACACGGACAAGCGGAUCACAGCCUCGGAGGCCCUCGCCCACGCCUACUUCUCCCAGUACCACGACCCGGACGACGAGCCCGAGGCAGAGCCCUACGACCAGAGCUUCGAAAGCCGGGAGCUGGAGAUCGAGGAAUGGAAGAGACUGACCUACGAGGAGGUGGUGAGCUUCGAGCCGCCGCCCGACGACGGAGACGAGAUGGAAUCCUGAGGGGGUUGGCGCUUCUAUCCUGAGCAACACAAUGACAACACUCUCUAGGACUAUAUCCUUCCUACACACACACACACACACACACAUUCAAGUGCCUGUCAUCGAUAAGGUUAUUGGUAUGGAACACGGUGAUUUCAGGGGUGUUACGGCCAAUAACCUUUCACUUCAUUUAUGCCUUCCAUAUCCUUCCGCCACAGUUUGUUUCCCGUACUUUUCUCCUGCCCUUCCACUCCCAUCGGUCCAAGGCAGACUUUGAAUCCAAGCACAUUCACCUUAGUUUUUCUGUGUGUAUGUGUUAGUUAUUUUACUAGCUUUAGUUGAGUCGAAGACACCCUGUGAAUAUCACAAAAAUACUUAUUUGAGCCACACGUUUAAAUACUAUUUUAACAGAUGUAAUUCUUGUGACAAUGUCAUCACAUGGGCUCUUAACUUAUGGCCACUGUCAUCACAGCUGCCAUAUCAGAGUAGAUGUCCUAAUUGCCAAGAACCACUUUCAGUCAAACCUUAACGUGGACCCAGGAUUUCAACUCCUUACUCUCUGGGAAAAUGUAUUUAAACAUGAAUACAUACAAGUUCUAAAGGAUGCAAAGUAUCUAAAGACGUAGUCAUAAGAGACUUGAGGCUAAAUGUAUUUAUUAGUGUUGGAUAUGAGAGCCUAUUUAUUGACUUGCAUAAUAUUAACAGUAAAUAGAGUUAGCGGUUUUUACAUCCCUUUGACCUUUUUACCUUCUUGAAUCUAUGUAUUUCUACUGAGGUUACGGUCUUCCCUCAAAAUAAAAAUAAAAACUGAGCAUAGACACACUGAUGAGAUUGAAAAUAGUCCAUUUUUUAAAAGCCAUCCAGUAAAAUUGUAAUUACUAUCAGUACUUGUAAAUAUAACAUUAGGGCACUCCCACCAGACAUAAGUUACCGUAUCCGUGUUGAAAUCACAAUCCACUUAAGAUCAACUAAAACUGGAUAUGUAAAAAAAAAAAAAAAAGAUCCUAAGGCUCUAUACCAAGUAUACUAUAUAAAGAUCUAGAUGUAUAGAUACCUAAAGAACUUUCUAAAGUAGCAAUUGGCAGUCGUAUCCCAAAGCCUUCAGGGUCAGUUCCUAGUGUUAAACCACAACAUGUCUUAUUUACACAGGAUAGCCUUGGAGACCGUUACCAGACGAUUAGCAAUCUUUUAGUCCGCCUUCUCACCAAUGUCCUCAUGUUUCUACUGUUUGCUCAAGCACUUCCUGUUGUCGUGCCCCAGGCCAGUGCUGUGGGACGAGGGAGCAUUGGUCAGCCGUCUCGCAGCUGUUUUUCAUUAAUGCGAGAUGGAGUCAGAUUGGGUUAUACAUAUUUUAUUUCUUUUUAAAACCUGGACAUUAUUACUUUGAAUUCAAUCAUGUAUUCCCCUUUUUUGGAUGCGUUUCUAUUUAUGUUUAUUGAAUGUUGGGCACCGACCUGCUCUGUAUUUAUGAUAUUUUGUUAUUUGUCUUCUGUAUAUUGAUGUAAAAGAGAAUAUGUUAUUUUGUGUCAAUUUUCAAGAAUAUUUUCUAUUUAUGGAGAGUUUCAACCUAUAUCCGAAACCAAAACUAUAUCAGUACUUUAUCAGUAACUUAAGCCAUGGUGACUGCAGCUGUAACUUGUGUAUCAAAAAAAUGCUUGGAAGCCAUUUGAAUAGUUGGAUGAUUGAGCUUGACCAAUUACAUUCCAACACAUUUUCGUUUUUACAGUUGAUUAUGUCAACAUGUGAAAUUUUCACAAUUUCAGUGAAAGCUGUUGCUUUUGAUUUAUUUUGAAUAGCUAGCUUGUCAACACACUGAUUAUUCAAACCUUUUAAUGUUCUUAAACUAUUUCAGAUGAUUGCAAAUUAUUGGUGCAUUUUUAGAGCAAAACUUAUCCCACAGAGGAAACUACCAUAUACACCUAACUGGAGCUUAAUGGCUGUGAAUCUUAUGGCUGCUCUUUUACCAAACAAGGCUGCUUUUAUUUAUAUCAAAAUUAAAUGAAGUGUGCAUGGACAUUUGAGGAUACACAUAUUUUCUGUUGACAUACAAGUUAUAUCCACAGUUGCCAUGAACUACAACCAAUCAGAAGCUUGUUUUUCUUCAUCCACUGCAACUUUGUUCAAUUAUUGCUUGAGCGAUUGUAUGUUAUUUCUUUUGUGUAAGAUUGAUCUGAUUCUGUGAUUCUAUAAUACUUGACAUUAUUUUACGCUACAACUGGAUGCAUUUGCAGAUUUAAGUAGGCUACUUUACUCUGGAGAUUCUUCACCGCAUUACUUUCAAGGCACAUUUUUGUAGCUUGAAGUGUUUGUUUACUCACUGAAUGCUGGUGAAAUUUAUAAGCGGCAUCAUUUGUAGAUUAAUCCAAAAAUGUAUACUUCUUGGCCAAUUGAUUAGGCCCCAAUGUCAAUACGAUAAAUUAUUCUCGUUGCGGUAUUUCUUGGUUUAAAUGUUUUUGCUUUUGAAUGGAAUUUUCCUUUAUUCAUUGCUUGAUUCUAUUUCACUAUAGCAGGCCAUGCCACCUGUAAAUAUGAUUAUUAAAAAUAAAGGCAACUAUUUUCAAA